ACUUGAAAAUUCAGUCUAUAUCCUCAAAUAUGCCCUUGUGAUGUACUACGUACUCAAUAGCUAAUUCUUUAGCCAACGCAUAGAUUCAAACGAAGCUGGGUUGGUAAAUCUCAACGGAACCUAUUACAUAUUGCUCUCCAGUGGCCCAGUUGAGGGAAAUAGACUUAACUAUCAUGGAAAUAAUCGCUAUGUACUACCACGUACAGUGAUGUCUGCCUAUGUGCGAGGUGUAGGAUUCGUCGGAGGUUUGGGACGUGACGAAGGUGGCAGGUCGACCAAUGACCGGCUCAUGAUAGCACACGGUAUAUUAAUGGUUCUCUCAUGGUCAAUCUUUUUUUCCACUGGUAUUCUUUUUGCCCGAAAUUUCAAAGGGCAUUUCCCCGAUACCACACUAUGUGGCCUCAAGAUGUGGUUUCAUUUCCAUCGCACUCUCAACAUGAUUGGAAUUGCUGGAACAAUUGCUGCAUUCGUUGUAGUUUUCGUGGCUCAUGACUGGCGAUGGAUUGGUCCCAAAGCAUAUCAGUCUGCGGAACUUGUAAGUUAUAUCCAGCCUAUCUAA